AUGGCGAGUAGUGCAGCACCUCCAAAUCAACGACGAGAAGAUUAUGCAUCUUCGCAUCCACAACACCUUCUGCAUCAAACCCACGGCACCAUCCCAUCAUCUGACUCCGAGCCUUUAUCCGUCCGAGAUGGCUUCAUUCCCUUUUCCAUAGGAAACUCCAGCAUAGCCAAGGAGCAAUCACGAAACACAUUUUAUAAUCUAAUUGGACAUGAUGUUGAAGCUAAUCCACCCAUUAUCAUAGCGGAUAAGCCGAAGAAGAAGAAUCGAAAGCCUGGAAGACGGAAACCUGCGCUUUCGGGAAGGACUCAAGCUUUACAAAUUCUACUUGAUGAACCUACGGAACAACGAUGUGAAGGUCAGAAGUUCAAACAGCGAGUUCGUGUUGCAGGAUGCUUAACCAAAACAAUCAUCAACAGAUUCUGCUUCGGAACAUGUGCGUCCUAUUUCAUUCCGCGAAUGAGUACCAAUAAACUGAAAGCGUUUUUUAAAUCAUGUUCAACUUGUGGUCCCAAAGAGUACGACUCUGUGAACGUGACCCUUGAUUGUCCUGGCCAGGAUCCGCCUCAAAUAACUCAGUCUAUAAUAAAGGUUAAAAAAUGCGCUUGUAUCAACGUCGACCUCAAUUCGUAG